CUCUCAAAUGACAAGCAUUCGUAGCCAGUCACUCACAUCCGCUGCCACACAAUAACAUCAAGGUUGCCAGUGGAGGGUCUGGCGGUUGUACAUUAAGUCAGUUGCCAGUGCUGAAGGAAUGUUUUAGGUGGGUCGAACCUUUUUUAAUUCUCAGGUGAUCAACGGACAGCGUGUUGAAGUCGGAUCGUGCUUUUGGAUUUAGUGGCAAGGAUGAAUACUGGGUUUUUCAUUUUUCAUCUGCUCAUUCUAGCAGGUGCUGCCUGGUGCUCCACUGAUGAGACAAAUCUAGUUAAGAUUCUCUUCACCGGAUACAAUAAGGUUGUCCGUCCUGUCAACCACUUCAAGGACCCGGUGGUUGUUACUGUGGGCCUCCAGCUCAUCCAGCUCAUCAGCGUGGACGAGGUCAACCAGAUCGUAAGCAGCAACGUGAGACUGAAACAGCAAUGGAAAGAUGUGAACUUGCAGUGGAAACCGGAGGAUUACGGUGGCAUCAAAAAGAUCAGAGUUCCCUCCAAAGACAUUUGGCGGCCUGACCUGGUCCUCUACAACAAUGCUGACGGUGACUUUGCCAUCGUUCACGAGACCAAAGUGCUGCUGGAGUACACCGGGAAGAUCACGUGGAACCCACCUGCCAUCUUCAAGAGCUACUGUGAAAUCAUCGUGCUGCACUUCCCCUUUGACCUUCAGAACUGCAGCAUGAAGCUGGGAACCUGGACCUACGAUGGAAACCUGGUCGUCGUCAAUCCUGACAGUGAUCGCCCAGACCUGAGUAACUUUAUGGAAAGUGGAGAGUGGGUGAUGAAGGAUUUCCGGAGCUGGAAGCACUGGGUCUACUAUGCCUGCUGCCCAGACACGCCUUACCUGGACAUCACCUACCACUUCCUCAUGCUGCGGCUCCCUCUGUACUUCAUCGUCAACGUCAUCAUCCCCUGCAUGCUCUUCUCCUUCCUGACCGGCCUCGUCUUCUACCUUCCCACUGACUCUGGGGAGAAGAUGACUCUCAGCAUCUCCGUCCUGCUGUCUCUGACUGUGUUCCUGCUGGUCAUUGUGGAGCUGAUCCCCUCCACCUCCAGUGCUGUGCCGCUCAUUGGGAAGUACAUGCUCUUCACCAUGGUCUUCGUCAUCGCCUCCAUCAUCAUCACUGUCAUUGUCAUCAACACCCACCACCGCUCCCCGAGCACCCACACGAUGCCAGACUGGGUCCGCAAGGUUUUUAUUGAAACUAUCCCCAACAUUAUGUUCUUUUCAACGAUGAAGCGCCCGGGCAAAGAAAAACAGAAUAAAAGCAUCUACGGUGCCGACAUGGACAUCUCCGACAUCUCUGGCAACCAGACUACUUCUGUUCCCUACCAGUCGCCCAUCACCAAGAACCCCGACGUCCACAGCGCCAUCGAAGGGGUCAAGUACAUCGCAGAAACCAUGAAAUCAGAUGAGGAAUCCAACAAUGCUGCUGAGGAGUGGAAGUUUGUGGCCAUGGUGUUGGAUCAUAUUCUGCUGUGCGUCUUCAUGGCCGUGUGUCUCAUCGGCACGUUGGGAGUGUUUGCGGGACGUCUCAUCGAGCUGAGCAUGCUCUGAAGGCUCUCAAGUUUUUCCUGUUUAACCAAUGACCAGUUUUCUUGCUCAGUGAGAAACAACACCUUUGUUUGUGUUCUGUUCUCUGGUAUUUGAUGAAUGGAUCUUUUGUCCAUGUACAAAAAGUGUUGUUUUUCUUCUUUUUGUCAAUGCAUAUAAUAUAUGUGUACGAUUUAAAUGUUUAAUUAGUUACAAUGUUUUUUUCCCCUAGACAUACUUUUAGGGAACAACUUAAUAAAAUGACUUAGUCCAUUUUCAGGA